AUGCAUUUACAGUCUCAGGAUCAACAGGGAUCAUCAAGCCUGGUUGAUGGUACAGAUAUUGCUGCUGUAAUGGCUGCUACGGCUGCUGCUGCAAGUGCUGCUGCUAAUACCACCACUGCAUCAACUGCAAAUUCAAAUGCUCAGGUUCAUCUUAUCAUGCAAAAUUUCUGGGCUCGUCAGCUAGAAGAAACCAUCCGUACUACACCCGACUUCAAAGCCCAUCCGUUGCCGCUGGCAAGAAUAAAAAAAGUGAUGAAAGCAGACGAGGACGUCAAGAUGAUAAGUGCAGAAGCACCACUUAUAUUUGGAAAAGCAUGCGAGAUAUUUAUUCUAGAGCUGACACUCCGAUCGUGGAUGCAUACUGAGGAAAAUAAGCGUCGGACACUCCAAAAAAGCGAUGUAGCUAUGGCCUCGUCCCAAUCGGACAUGUAUGAUUUCUUGAUUGAUAUUGUACCGCGAGAUGAAGUUGUCAAAACUCAUCUGCCAGUUGUAGAGGCAGCUUCGGAUACUCCUGUUACUAAAGCUGCUGCAUCAAAGGAAUUUCCAGUGCAGUAUCCGUCAUUUACAACUCAGAGUUUUAACACUGCAGUGGCUACUUUAUGGAAAGAGCAGCACCAGCCAUACAUGUCAUUUGGCCAAUCCAUUAACCAGCUUUACCAAAACCCGAGCAUAUUAGGACCUGAUGAUGGCAGCAGUCAUCGAACACAGAUGAAUGCUCCUCAUUCAAAUGGUUCUUUUUGGAACAUAGAUAUGCCGCCAAGGAUGGGCCAGCAUAUUCAAUAUAAUAACAAUAAUGCGGAUAGCUCUGAAAUAACCAAUAAUCAUCCAAAUCAAUUAUAA